UAGGCGAGAGUCUUCCUACUACAAAAAUGUCCUCCAUUGGGGGUGCGUCUUCAGACACCGUUGACAAACACGAAACGACGGGAGACUCCGGGAAGAUGAUUCGGCUGAGCCAACCUGACGCCAUGUGGGGAGAGCAGCUGCUGAAGGCGGCCGCUGACCUGGCAGGCACUGACCAUGACGGAUCGGACUCAGAGCUUUCCGACUCGGACCAUUUCCUGACCAAAGGCGCCUUUUUGCUGACACCAAGCCGAGAGCUCAGCAUGGAGAAAGCCAGUAGCAUCUGCGAGAAGAUGAGCUUCAAGGGACUGUUCUCGCUCACCAAAACGGCCACAGGGAUACUGUUCAAAUUCUCAGAGCCGGAAGACUACCUGGCGGUCUUCAAGAAGGGGUUCCACAAGGUGACAAACGCACGGUUCUACAAAAAGGUUCCUAUCCCCUGCCGUCCGCAGAAAACCUUUACAGUGUUUGUAUUGGAAAUUCCAGAAGACAUUCCAGAGGAAGAUAUCAGACAUUCCCUGUACAAGUUUCAGUCUGUAGUCGAAGUUGCCAGACUGCCCAAGGAUUCAGGGACUGGUAUGACAUCAGGGACUGGAUCAGCAGCAGCAGAAAAAACUACUGCAGGAAAUCCAGGCUCAGCAGCUGAUAAGGCGGCAGGCCUGCCUGUCAUCUCCACGUCGCCCCCGCUGGUCAGGGUGACGGUAGCAUCGCUAGAAGAAAGGAACACUCUACUGCAGAAUGGCCUGGACUUCUAUGGCGCCACGUUCUUCCCCACAGAGGCUGCUGAGGCGACGACAGUGCUCCGCACCAGCGGGAGGAAGUCCUUCUUGGGCAACAGGGUGUUUGAUGUGGUGACGGCUUCCGGUCGGCGGGUGCGCGAUAUGCUUCCGGUGUUCGAUGCAGCUGGAUUCUCGAAGAUUUCUCCGCCCACCGUCAGGACCGUCAAACCGCGCCGAAGCAACUGAUGCGAGCGACCCACAUGCACCUACUGACAUGAGGAGAACUAAGUAACACGCAUCGCCUGUUCACUCCACGUGGUGCAAUUGUGGGACUUGCGAUUUUCGCAAUUUAUGGUUAGAAACUCCAAGCGGACUCAUAUCUUCAGUUGAUUCCUUUGGUAAACUGUACAGCUAUAAACUGAAAUCUGGAGACAGGAAAUCUAAAAGCGUGACUUUUGUAGGAAUGAAUGUUGUGCCAGAACAAUGAAGAGCUUCAACGUACUUGAAUAUGAUGCAAAUCACUUAACACUUUAGUACAAUCACUGGUUCUCAGCAGAGAUUCGAAGAGAUAAUCCUACGAAAACGAAACAAGAAUCUAUCGAUGUAUGUGUGUGUAUGUAUGUGGGCCAUAAAAUCCGGCCCUCGCACUGCAACCCUCAAUGAUCUAUUGUGCUUCCCUUUUGGAUUAACUCUUUAUUAACCCUAUACUUCGAAUAAAAUAUACAGGAAUUGAA